AAGAUGGCGGAAGAAUAUCGCAUUCGCCUGGUAGUCUUGGGAGGCUGUGCUACGGGGAAGAGUUCCAUUAUCAAGCGGUUUCUCUUCAAUGCAUUUUGUGACAAGCACAGACCCACUGUCGAGGACCUCCACUGCAGAGAAUUCGACUUGGACACGAUGACACUUAAGGUGGACAUCCUGGACACUGCGGGCGACUUUCAAUUCCCGGCCAUGAGGCGGCUGUCCAUCGCUACUGCCAGUGCUUUCCUUCUGGUCUACAGCAUCGACAAUGCCGAAUCAUUUCAAAUAAUCAAAGAUUGUUUUGCGGAAAUUCGGGAACAAAAGUCUGACUUCCAGGAAGUGCCGAUAGUCAUCGUGGGGAACAAAUGCGAUCUCGGAGACGAAAGACGAGCCAUCCCUCGCGAGAUAGUUUCUGAAUGGUUCUACUGCGAGCUGCCUCGGAUCCGAGCCAAGCUCUUGGAAUGCUCAGCUAAAGACAAUGUCCACAUAAAGGACAUCUUUAGAGCUUUCUUACAAAUGUCCAAGCUGCCUGUACCAGCUGAAGGCCUCCGUAGGAGAUCCAGUGCUCAUGCAGCUGCAGGUGGAUCCUCCUCUUCCACCAAUGGAACGCCGGGCAGGCUGCAAUGUCCACCAGCCGAUGGCGAAGUGGCAGCAAGUCCUCCGCAGCGAAGUUUCAAACCUCGAAGUCGUAGUCUUAUCAGAAGAAGCAGCAAGAAAAUUAAAAGAACUGAUCCUGCAUCUGGAUCUCAAGGCACCACUGCCAACAUUGAUGACUGCUGCAUAUCUUGACUUAUAUUUGACGAUUUGGUGAGAACUGUGGAACAAAAGAACUUUCUCUGAAAUAUUUAAGAGCUUUCCCGAUGUUUCUCUUUGAAUUAGGAAAACGAGCGACGGGUGGCUCUGUCGUUCACAUCCGUCUUGUGUUUCUUGUUGUGUACGUUGUUUGAAUGUGAAGAGUGUUAUUAUUCUUUGUCCUAUACAAGUUAGUUCUUAUCAUUCGUAAGGAAAUAGCUUCUAUAUAUACAAAUUAAUCAAGACAUAAAAAUGUUACUUAAAUGUCCAUUUCAUAGGGAGAUUAACAUAAUUUCCAUUUUGUGAGUAUUCUGAGUGCUGUCGUGCAUGCCAUGUUUUAUAAUCAUGAUACCUUGAUAAGUCAAAGAUGUUACUCUAUUGAAACUAUGAGUACCGUAGUUCUAAAUUUCUUUCUUGAGCCGAGUUCAUAUCAGAUUUAAAAUAAAAUAAGUAUUAUGAACGUACAUAAUGCACCCUGAGAAAAAAAUGUGUAUCCAAAGAAAGUUUACUUAUCCAUUCUCUGCGAAAAGCAAGAGUUUUGCUCUUAUUAUAGUGGAUUGUUUUUUAAUAUAUUCAUAUUCGCGUCCGAUCUAUACUCUUUGUAUCCCAUAUUUGUUGCAGUUCCCUUAUGCAUGUGACUGAGAAA